AUGAAGCUGGAAGACCAAGUUGAUGUUGAAGUUGAGAGAAGACUUAAGACUAUGAAUAUAGGUACUCAACAAGUAGCUCAAGUUCAACCUGUUCAAGCUGUUAAUUGUGAGAUCUUUGGGGGACCCCGUUUUUUCAUACAGUGUGUUGCAACCGCGCAACAAAUUGAAGAGAUAAAAUUUCUGAAGCAGAACAACCCUUAUUCUAACACUUAUAAUCCAAGCAGGAAGAAUCAUCCAAAUUUCUCCUGGAAAGAUCAGCAAGGGAAUGUUCAAAAGCAGGAUGGGCCAGAUAACACAAUAACUCACAAUCAAGCUCAAGGCACUCUUCCGAGUGCCACAAUACAAAAUUCGAGACAUCAUGAGAAUGUUAAUGUUGUCACAACAAGAAGUCAGAAAUUUGCUAAAGAUGAAGAAGAUAAGGCAACAAAGUAUGACCAUUACAUAGAGGUAGAUCUAGAAGUGAGGGAAAAUAAGAAAGAAGAAGAAGAAGUGAUACCACCAGUAAAGCCAAUUGAAGAGAAAAAGAGCAAUAUUCCUUUCUUUGAAGCGCUCGAGCAAAUACCCGUGUACACAAAAUUCAUGAAAGAGGUCAUCGUUAAAAAGAGACCAAUAGGAGAUGGGUCGACAACCUUGAAUGAAAAAGGUAGUGAAAUAUCACCAGGUAGGAGAAUUCCAAACAAUCAGAAGGAUCCUGGAGAUGUCACAGUCCCAUGCACAAUAAAAGACAUAACUUUCAAGAAGGUAGUAAUUGAUUCAGGAGCCAGUGUGAGUCUGAUGCCAUUGUCAAUCUAUCAAAGGCUUGGUAUUGGAAAUAUCAGUGAUACAAGGACAAAUCUAAAAUUUGCAGAUCACUCCAUAAAGAAUGCAUAUGGGAUAACAGAGGAUGUACUAGUGACAAUAGAGGAAUUUAGUUUUCUUGUUGAUUUUGUGAUCAUAGACAUACCUGAGGAUGAAGAGACACCUAUCAUUCUUGGUCGAUCAUUUCUGCGGGCAAGUCGAUGUAAUUUCGACAUAGACCAUGGUACACUAACUUUAAAAGUUUAUGAUGAUGAAAUAACAUUGAAUGUUAUUGAAAACAUGAAGCUAGAAGUGGAAAAAGAAUAUCACUAUCAAGUUCAAACAAAUCUUCAAGUACGAUCAGAUGCAGAAACCAAGGAGAAUCGCGAUAAAUCGGAGAAGUUUUCCCAUGCUCCAGUAGGCUUGCUACGGCCACCCGUAGCACCUACUACAGGCCGUAGUAGAGAUGUCAGGAACAAAAGCCAAAAUCCAUAA